GUGUGUGUGUGUGUGUGUGUGUGUGUAGGGGUGCAGAGGGAUGAAGCUAAGAAAGAAAAGGAGUUCAGUGGGGUUCAGCAGAUUGAAUUGGUGGUCAGGCUUGUAACAAUUUAUUGCGGAUCCAACAGGAAGUCUGGAAUUUUCCUGCAUGGCAGGCACAAUGGCAGCCUUUUUGGAACCAGUGGGAAUGCCUUGAUGGACCACCUGGCCCUUGGCUGCAUUGAACAGGCACAGUGCUUCCUGGCUUCGGCCCUCGUGGACCAGCAAAGGAGCUAUGGCCACACUACGUGGGAAUGUUCUGCGUCUUUCCCUUGAUCCGGCCUCUUCAGUCCACGAUCUAACCCGAGAAGGCCAGCUCUUUGUUUUAGCCGGUCCAUCCCUCCCUGCCCCCUGGCUUCCUGACUCUGCAGCAGACUUCUCCGGAAGUCCAGUUUCUCCUCUGAAGCUUUUCCAAUGCAAAUUGACACACAUGGGGCCAGCCCUGCCUCAGCCUCCGUGUGCCCAGAGGUCCCUCUGCUCUCAGCAUCUCUGCCCUUCAGUGCAAUGCGUGCACCCCAUGAGUACCCCCAUCAGCCCCUCACCCGUCCUGGGGCAGUGGGUCGGGCAGGAAAAUGAGCUGGCUGGUGUGAUUGAUGCCGGCAGCCUGUGCCUCCUGCUUUGAUGUUGCUCAGAAAGAUCACACGCAUCCUACAGGCUGGAAACCCGGAGAGAAUUUUGGAGGGGGAUGUGGAAGGGCCGGGCACAAGGGGAGGAGGCAGGAGGCUGCCGGAAUCAUGGGCAGGUGGCAGCCCCUGCAGUGUCCACGUGGCACGCUUUUACCUCCAUCUCAACACUCCCACCCAGCAGCCGGGAUCUACCCCCAGGAAGUAGGGGCUGGUGUGCCAGGCCCAUGAUGAGCUCCAGGAGGGAUCUCAUCUCUUCUCUGCUUUCCUCAGACUGCAGGGUCAGUGUCCUGACUCCUGGGAACGGGUGAGGGACAGGAUGGCGCAGCUCUGGGAUUUAAAGGCCGGCCUGUGCUGCCCCCCCACCUGGUGCCAUGGAGCAGGCUCGGGACGAGGUCUGCAGGGCAGGACGGGAGAGGGAGCUGAGCAGUCCUGGCAUCCAGUAUGCGGUGGGCCCAGCUCCUACCUCUGCCUUCUGCCCUGCUAAGGUGCCUUGGGUGCUGGGUGCUGUGGAAGGGGAUGGGGGUGCAGGGGUCCCAUGCAUUUUCCUCGCACCCCCAGUGCCUCAGGGGUGCUGAGGCGAGGGCCACAUGACAGAACCAGGACCAGGAGGUCCCAGGGGGACCACUGGGAGAGAAGGACCUGGGGCUUAGAGUGAACCCUUGCCCCCUGCCACACAGCUGGUGCCCGAGGUGGUGGGAUGGUGCCCUGGCCUCAGGCAGGGUGGGGGUGGGGCAGGGUGGUGGCCAGGAGUGGGGUGGCUAGGUUUUUAGAGAAUGCCCUUCCUCAGUGACGAGAGCCCGCAGCUCAGCCUCCGCCCCGGCCUGGCCUUCUGGAGCUGGAGGCAGCUCCCCGCUGGCUGGCUGGGAAGGCUUGAAGCUGCCUGCUCACGGGCUCCUAUGCUGCCUGACCCCGGGUCCUCUCUGCCUCCUGCCAAUGUUACAUGCAUAAUGGAGUUGGAAAGAGCCCUGGUCCCUGGCUCCCAGCAUUCAGAGGCCAAUGGAAAUGGAAGCUGUGUCCAGCUCUGGCUGCCCCAAACAUGCUACAGGCCUGGCUGCCCAGGACCUGGGCUAACCUGGGUCAGGGCCACCCUCCUCCCUAGCUCCCCAGCCCUCCAGGGCCACAGGAGAGGGCCAAUCCAAGAGCAGAGACCGGCCACUGGGGACUGAGAAAGGUGAAGUGGAGACCCCCUUUCAGAUGACUAGGGGGCCAGCGGGGUCUGGGGCCCAGAGGCAGUCCUGGGAGGAAGCCGGAAGUGUUGGCGGAGGUAGGUUUCAGGUGAGCUAGGAAGGGGUCCCCAGACCAGGGACUGGUGCUUGCUGGGAAGGGAGGUCCCUGUCCCUGCAGGUGACCCAGCAGAUAGCCAAGGAGUGGACCCUGGCUGGGGCUGCAUGUGGGGCUGUCCCUGGGGCCCUGGGCCACAUCUGCCUCUCACGUCCUCACCCCCUCUGCAGAUUUCCAAGCGCCUCCUGCCCUCAGGUCACAGGGUGGGGAAACCCCCCCCCUCCAGCAUCCAUCUGACAUGCUGCCUGUGGCGCCCUGCCCAGCCCCUCCAUGGCUGCAGCUCCUACAGCUCUGGCACAUUGUAUUCGAUACUUUAACGGGAGCUUCUGAGCGCCAGUAGGGCCAGGCCCUGUGCCAGGCUCUCCUGGGCUCUGGCCUUCCUGAGGGCUCCAGGCCCCGAGCAUGGCUCCUGACCCCAGCCCGGCUGGGGAGGCUGCUGCAAAGUGGUCCUAAGCAGGGGGAGCACCGGGCCCACCGGCAGCUUGGAGCCUGACGCAGGGACGUCAUGAGGAGGUGGGCCUGGCUGGAGACUCCGGGGCUCGUGGUAAGGGAGAUGCCAGUGGUGGGAGGCAGGGUCUGGGCAAGGGCCUGCUUGGGUGCAGGAUGGCAAGUGGCCAGCUUGGGCAUCUCCCAGGCUAUGGUUGCCUUCAUUAAGCACCUACUGUGUGCCAGCUGUGGGCCCAGACCUGACGUGUGUCAUACCCCAGGCCCCUUACCAGGGCAUUCCUGUUGCCCAUUGCACAGAUGGUGCAAGAUUGGCCUGCCCUUCCCCUCUCAGUCCUUGGCCUGAAUACUGAGGGAACCUCAGGUUGGGCCAACACUGGCCGCAGAGACUGGUCCCCAUGGCCAAGCCAAGUGCCUAUGGGGUGCCUCCUGGUUCCAGGCGGCAUGUCGAUCAGGGAGGGGGACAUGGGCAGAGGAGGUGGGUGCCCCAGCAAGGGCAGCCCCCUAGCACCCCAUGCUGUUUUCCCAGCAGAUGCUCCUAGCACCCACUGGACACUCAGGACCUCGAACAGGGUGCCCAAUCUGGAGACAAAGGCUGGGCACUGUGGACAAAUACUCAUGGAUAUUGUAAAUUGCAUUUCACACCCGAGAGAGCUGCAAUGGCCCGUCCAGGAGCAAAGCGCUCGUGCACUUUGUGCGCAGUUGAUAAUACGGAAAACAAAGCCAGGCUGGGUGCAGGGGCCGCGCCCCGCCCAGAGGGGUACUCCUCCGUGCACUGCUUCGAGGGGGUGCAGGCUGGGGUGCCCACCGGCGGGGGGGCCAGGGGCCUGGGGCGCUGUGGAGGACCCUGCUCUCCAGCCAGCCGCUUCCUGGGGUUUCCGCAAAUAUUUACCCAACAAGGAAACAGCAGCUUUUGCCUUUCCAGUAAUUGUUGCUCCCGCCCCUCCCCGAUGGGUGCAGGCUGGGGAGGCCCAGGCCCCGCGCUGCCCUGCUCCCCUCCCCCCACAGGCCGGGGCGGUCAGGCCGGCCGCCAAGUCCCGGGACCCCCGGGAGGUGUGGACCCAGACGGGCCGAAGUGGGGCCCACGGUCCUCCCCUCCCACAGGGGCCCAAGCUGCCACCCCAUGUGGGGACUUUGACCCUGUGUCCUGACAGUGGCCUCCUGCUGUUUUUGGUGGCUUUGGGGCACCCUUCCUUGAAAUCUCAGAUGCCACAGACCUGAUGGCUUGGGAAUUUGGGGCGGGCUCUGUAAGGACAGGACAGGGAAGCAGGCCUGGAGGGUGGAGAAAUGGCCCAAAGGUGUACAGUAGACCCACCCCCAGCCCUGCUGAGCGGGUCUGCCUGGGAGCUGGGGUGUAGCAUGAAUGGAGGUGCCAGGCAGAGCCCACAGGUGCCCACAAGGCAGGGUGAGGCAGGCUGGCACCGACCUGACAUGUGUCCAGCCUGUUGGGAGCUGGGCAGGCCUGACGGAGUACUGUGGCAAUGAUGGGGAAAUUGAGGCCGGUGGGGGCAGGCGUGCCUGAGUGGGGUCCCCAGAACCCCACACCCAUGCAGGAUCCAGCCUGUGCUUCUCCAGCCCCUUAGGGAUCCUCACGGGAUGAAGGCCAACCUGGCCUGAGAGAGGCAGAUGGGGCCCAAGUGCAUCCCCUAUGGUGGCUACCCAGGGGUGCAGGCUGUUGCCCCAGCACCCACAGCCCAACCAGGCCAGGCCCUGGAAAGGUGCCCACCUGCCUCAGGGGCUCUGGGGCUGCUGGGAGAAGGGUAGUGACCACAUCUUGACCACAUCAGGUAGCCAGGGCCACCCCAGGGGGAACCCCUGGGGCUGCCAGAGCCCAGAUCAGGUGGAGGCCGCGCUGGGCUGCGGCCUUUGACAGGAUCCCUGGCUCUCUCUUCUGUGAAGGGAACCAUGAGUUCCUGUUUAGCUGCCACCUGGGUGCUGUCUCCAAAGGGACUGCAGGGCUCCUGUCCAGGAGGGAGGUCUUGGAGGGCUGGGCUGGGGGGCAGGGGGCACAGGUGCCCAUGGGCAGCAGUGGGAGGUGGGCAGGGGAGGGCAGGGUCCCUGUGGCCUAGGAAGACAGGCCGUGGCCGGCCUUUGGGAUGUGGGCACAGAGGGCAGGAUCCCUGAGCAACUCCCUCUGCCCUCAUCUGGGGCCAAAGACCCUACCUGCUCACUCCUGGAGUCACAAGGAGCUGCCCCUUGAAGGGACAGCUUCUUAAGAGGUGCCAUCAGGGAGAGCUUCCUGUGGGAAGGCACCACCAAGGGCUGAGGUCUACAGGGUGGGUGACGGAGCCGCCUGCGGUGCUGCCAGGGGGACAGGAACAGGGAUGGCCCUGUCUCGAGGAGCUCCUGGGUCCAGGGGAGACCUCCUACCCAGAAACUCCCAGGC